AAAAUGUACAUGCCUAGUCAAAGUUAAGACUAAACCGUCUCCAGGGUAUCUUCAAUGGCUCAUAACAAUUUUAAACUAAAAUUCUAAGAGAAUGAAAUGGCAAAAUCAAAACCGGAUUUUAAAACGCCGCAACCGCCGUUUCAAGGUCCUAUAAAGCAGACUCUGUAUCCUUCAGAGUCUCACUCUUUACUUACUUACAUGUGCUCUGCAUCUUUCUCUCUUUAUAUUCAUCUUCUUUGUCACUCUUCUCCCCCACUCUGAAUAAAACUUUCUUUUCUCUGCAGUUUUUUUCCCAGGAAUAUUUAUUGACCUUAAUAUUCAUCCCCAAACAAGAAAAAAGCAUCUCCCUCCUUUGCUUAAUUACCAAACUCUGAUUCCAUAAGCAUCUACCCAUAAAGCUCUUUUCUUCAACUUUCCCUGGAAAAUCUUUGCUUUUUUUCCUCAUCUCCUCUCUUGUUACAGAGCAUCAAUCUCUUGUUUUUCAUUUUCUUUUCUUCUUUAUUCUUUGUCUCCUUCACUUUUUUCUCUUUACUUUCCCAACUUUACAUAUAUAUACAAAGGCACAACACAAAGAACACUUAUAACUUCUUAUUAUACAGUAGCAGUUUUCAAGAAAGAGAUGGAGGCAGAAAAGAAUGUUGUCAAACUCUCCGAGCACAACAUCAUGACCGCUACUACAGUAACUCAACCAAGAAUCUUGCGAAUCUCUGUGAGUGAUCCUUACGCUACAGAUUCCUCCAGCGACGAAGAAGAAGAUUUUGCAGACAUCUCUAGAAAACGUCGUCGUGUCAAGAAGUUUAUUAACGAAGUGGUUCUUGAGUCUACCGUUUCUGAUAAAGACAGGCCAAAGAAGAAGAAGAGACCGAACACGAAGACGACAGCAUCAACCGCUGUUACUGCUCCGGCGAGAAAGUACCGGGGAGUGAGACAACGGCCGUGGGGGAAAUGGGCGGCGGAGAUAAGAGAUCCGAGUAGACGUGUACGGCUCUGGUUAGGCACUUACGAUACGGCGGAGGAAGCCGCCAUUGUUUACGACAACGCCGCUAUACAGCUACGUGGUCCAAACGCGCUCACUAACUUCUCUCCCACUCCUCCUCCUCCGGCGACGGAGAACGGUGAAGAAGCUUCGAAGGAGAUGGACGGAGUUUCGGAUAUAACCACAAGCGGCGGUGUAGAAUGUCUCGGUUCGCCGGUUUCUGUUCUCCAAACUCCCUUCUCCGGCGAGUCUACGGCGGCGACCACAGUAAAAGAAGAAUUUUCCGGCGUAUCGAAGACAGCGGUUGAGGUGAAAGAGGAACCGUCACUAACAGUCUCAGACACUUUCACGGGUUUCUCGUCGCCGUUGUUCUUACACGACGACGUUUUUGGUUUCCCGACGACGAUGCCUGACUGUUUUGGAGAUGAGUUUUUUGCGGAUAUGAGUUUCGGGUUUGGGUCCGGGUCUGGGUUUUCCAGCUGGCACGUGGAGGACCAUUUUCAAGAUAUUGGGGAUCUAUUCGGGUCGGAUCCUCUUCUAAUUGUUUAGCACAUUAUCAAAAAAAGUAACCGGCCGUUAAUAGGCAUACGGAGAAGUUUUGUUACCGGCGGUAAAUGAAAAAUAUUUGUCCAAGUUUUUGAUCAAUUUAAUAAAUUUGUUAUA